CAGAUCGGAUUCCUCGGAGUAGCGUUCCCCUUUAAGCCCGCGGGCCAGCCGAGACAUGGCCCAUUGUCUUAAGUCCACCCAUCGGUGGGGGUGGCUCUGCGAAAGUUUGCACGGGGUAAAAAAAGAGCUUCUAAGCUGUCACUUGGUUGCUGGUGGGAGACCGAUGGGAGGACGGAGGGACCAGCAACGCGUCAACCAACGUUGGUUGGGGGGGGGAAAGAAAGAAAAGAAAUGAGGAUGCAACAAAGAAAGCCCGUGGAGGAGGACGAUGUCCGGGCCUAAGUUGGAGAGGUUUUUCUGGGUUGGGGACUGUCACCGUUUUCAGUGCACGGACGCAACAAAGAGAAACGCGUCACCAGCAAAGGUGGAAGUGGUUUGAAAAAGGUCAACUGACGCGCUGUUAAAAAAAAAACAUUAAUAAAUGUUCCCAAAAGAAAGUCUGCCGCCUUGACAAAAAAAAUGACCCGUUUGGACUGCGGGGUUGACGCUGCGGGACGGGGACUGUCCCCCAUCCACCUCUUCAUCGCCCUUCUGACGGCGCUGGACAACUGCAACACAUCGGGACUACCGCGUGAACCAGAGCGAUUUCCGCAGGAUCUGCCUCGGCACGAUGUGGUUCACCCCACUCGGGUGGAUGCCAGAGGUCACUUCCUGUCCAACUUCCUGUCUCACCAUGUGGGCCGCGUCCAGCGGCGGGAAGCCUCCGAGGGCCCAGCGGAAGGGGAUCGAGUCUACUACCAGCUGUGGCACGGCGGCCACAGUCUGCACUUCAACCUCACCCUCAAUCCGCACCUGCUGGCGCCGGGCCUCCUGACGGAGAGGAGGCGCGGCGGCGUGGAGGGGGCCCGCCUCCGUCCCGCCGGCUCCUCCCAGUGCCACUUCUUGGGCGAGGUGCGGGACGGGGUCGUCGGUAAAGGAAGCGCAGCCAUAAGCACCUGUGAUGGACUGACGGGCCUGUUUCGGGUGUCCCACGAGGAGUUCUUCAUCCGCCCCUUGGAGAGGUCCAGCGGGGACACCUCGGCGCCACAGUCCCACGCCGUCUACAAGCGCCAGGCGGGCCCUCCCUCCCGGAGUCCAGCCGCACAGCCCAACGGUACCUGCGGGAUCACAGACUCCCAUCGGCGCCCGGUGGACCUCGAGAGGCGGAGGGAGCGGUGGGAGCACCGGCAGCAGAGAAGGAGCAGGAGAAUACGCCAGCGCUCCGUCAGCAAGGAGAAGUGGGUGGAGACGCUGGUGGUGGCCGACGCCAAAAUGGUGGAGCACCACGGGAGCAAAGCUGUGGAGAGCUACGUCCUGGCCGUCAUGAACAUUGUGGCCGGUCUGUUCCGAGAUGCCAGUAUUGGGAACGCAAUCAACAUUGUUGUUGUUCGACUCAUCCUUUUGGAGCAGGAGGAGGAGGACUUGAAGAUUACACACCACGCCGACAACAGCCUGAACGGCUUCUGCAAGUGGCAGAAGAAGCUCAACACGAAAGGAGAGGAACACCCGCUGCACCACGAUGUGGCAGUUCUGCCUCACCAGGACAUCUGCGCGGCGGCGAACGCGCCGUGUGCCACGCUGGGUCUGUCCCACGUGGCCGGCAUGUGCCAGUCGCACCGCAGCUGCAGCAUCAGCGAGGACACCGGCCUCCCGCUGGCCUUCACCGUCGCUCACGAGCUGGGACACAACUUUGGGAUUCAGCAUGAUGGCAACGGUAAUGACUGUGAACCAAUUGGGAAACGACCUUUCGUCAUGUCUCCACAGCUCCUGUACGGCACCUCCCCGCCCAGGUGGUCCCGCUGCAGCCGCCGGUACAUCACCCGCUCCUCGAGUGACCGUGGCUGGGGCUGGUGCCUGGACGACGCGCCGGUCAGAGAGAGGCCGCUGCUGCUGCUGGACUCGGAGCUGCCCGGGGUUCUGUACAGCGCUGCACAUCAGUGCCGGCUGCAGUAUGGAUCCGGCUCCGUGCUGUGCGACGACAUGGACGACGUGUGCAGCACUCUGUGGUGCACGGUGGGAGCCACCUGCCACUCAAAGCUGAACGGCGCGGUGGACGGGACCGCGUGUGGGGACGGCAAGUGGUGUUUCGGUGGAGAGUGCGUGGCCGUCGGAUCGCAGCCCGAGAGCGUCGACGGCGGCUGGGCGGCGUGGAGCGAGUGGUCGGCCUGCUCCAGGACGUGUGGGACCGGAGUCCGGAGUGCCCAAAGAGACUGUGAGAACCCGGCCCCCAAGCACAGGGGGAAGUAUUGCCUGGGCGAGAGACGCAGGUACAAGAUCUGCAACAACGCGCCGUGUCCCCCCGACCGGCCCACCUUCAGGGACAUCCAGUGCGGGCACUUCAACGCCGUGCCGUACAAGGGGAAGUUCUACAAGUGGGAGGCCGUCAUCAACAAAGUCAGCCCCUGCGAGCUGCACUGCCGCCCGCUGGAUGAGCAUUUUUCCGAGAAGAUGCAGGAGGCCGUGGCCGACGGGACGCCGUGCUACGAGGGCAACAAAAGCAGAGACGUGUGCGUGAACGGCAUCUGUAAGAGUUUAGGCUGCGACUAUGUGAUCGACUCCGGCGCCGUGGAGGACCGCUGUGGCGUGUGUCACGGUAACGGAUCCACCUGUACAACCGUGAGGAGAACAUUCGAGGAGACUGAAGGACUUGGCUACGUCGACAUCGGGCUGAUCCCGGAGGCAGCCUGGGACAUCCGCAUCGAGGAAGUGGCCGAAGCCGAGAAUUUCCUGGCGCUGCGAAGCGACAACCCCAACAAGUACUUUCUGAACGGCGGCUGGACGAUCCAGUGGAACGGAGAGUACAAGGCAGCCGGGACAGUGUUCACCUACGAGAGGACGGGACAUCUGGAGAACCUGACGUCUCCGGGGCCCACUAUGGAGCCGCUGUGGAUUCAGCUUCUCUUUCAGGAGAGCAACCCGGGGGUGAGGUACGAGUACACAAUCAGCCGAAAUGUCUCAGAGGACAGCAACACCUCUGCGUCCGUUUUCUUCUGGAAACACGGUUCGUGGACUCAAUGCAGUGUCACCUGCGGGACAGGUGUUCAGAGGCAGAUUGUUCACUGUGUGGAAAAGACAACCGGGAUAGUGGAGGAGCACUUGUGUGACCCUGCAACCCGGCCCGACGAUAACCAAACCAUCUGUAGCAAGGAGCCGUGUCCAGCCAUGUGGUGGGUCGGCGACUGGCACAAAUGCUCGGCGAGCUGCGGGAGCUCGGGCCUGACCAGGAGGACGGUGCUCUGCAUCCAGGCGGUGAGCGCUGAGGAGCAGAAAGCCCUGGAGCCCGCUCAAUGCGCACACAUUCCCAGGCCGGAGUCCCUGUCCUCCUGCAGCGCACACCUGCCCUGCCCGGCGGACUGGAGCGCCGCCAGCUGGUCAAAGUGUUCGCUGACGUGCGGAAGCGGGCUGCGGCGCCGCAACGUCACCUGCUCCGGAAACACGGGCGUGGAUUGCGACCCGCAGAGGAAGCCCCCCGCUGUGACCGCCUGCCUCGUCCAGGACUGCUCGCACGAGGUGGAGAACUUCGGCGGCGGCGGCGACUGGUCCGGGAGCGGCUGGUCCGGCGAGCGAUCGGUGCCCAACGAAAUCGAGUCCGGAGCCGACGUCAAGCCUCCCCCCAGACACGGCACCACCCGAGCGCAGCCGAGGACUAAUGGCAAUCGCCUCGGCAACGCCGUGGAGGGGGAUCUCCGCCAUCACAACGAGCUCGAGAGCACCGACCGCUUGCCGGAAGGCGGCGUCCAAGUCGACGAUUUUUACUACGAUUACAAUUUCAUCAACUUCCACGAAGACCUGUCGGAUGACGUUGGCGCGGAUGGGAAGGACUCGGGGGGCCGCCACGGAAUCGACGCUCCGCCGGGGGUUGGAGGAAGUGAAACCACAAAACCUCCCUCGGGCGCCACCGCCUACACCACGAAAGCGCCACGGAACACCGGUCCGGAGGGAACGAAGGAGGCCGGCGACGCAGCAGCGAAGGAGCCCAUGCGAACGAAUUCCGAAGAUCUGAGUGACCUUCUGACUGAGGAUUACCUUCUGCCCGCGUUCACCACUCGCCCCCCGCCGCCGUUCGCCACUCGAACGCCGGCACCCAAGGACCCGCCGGAGGAGGGCGUGUCGCGGGCAGCGGGCCUGGUUUCCACAACCGGCGAGCCCGCGCUCGACGUGAAGUGGGAGCGGUACGGAGAGGAAGCCGAAAAGAACUACGACGCGCUCCCCGAGGGUGUCGGUGUGACUCCCGUCCCGCACGCACACCAAAGCGGCGCCAAUAGCUCUGCAGAGCGGGAGGAAGUAGAGAGUCCAGUUGGCUCUCCCUCGCCGGAAACUGUAAAUCAGGUUGGGACCGAAGUCCAGCCGGAGGAAAGUGCUCCUGAAAUACCUCAAACAACCAGUCGACCAACGCCCGCCUUCACCCUGGAGGGUCUUGACUCGGAUCCGAAUCCUUUCGAUAGGGUUUACGCCACUAGUGAGGGUUCUUCGCGGUACGCAGGCCGUGACCUCGGUGCGACCUCGCCUCCUUCCGCUCUUCCCGCCGUUCCCUUUCCGCACAUCUCUGGUAACCGAGAGGCCUCCGACGGCGCCACGACGCCGCCAUCUGGAACAGGAAUCACGCCUCCCACGGGCCCGGGGGGAGCCGCUCGGCCUGCUCCAGCCGGCGGGCCGCCAGCUGCGGCGGGGAAACCGACCCAAGCCGCCUUCGCAGAGAGAACCGGAGCGUCGUCCACACCCCCGGGGCCAUCGCCUGAUCCCGCCGACUCCGAUUACAACGGAAUAGCGGUUCUCCCGAUGGUGAGGGGCGGCGGCGCUGACCCGGGCCCCUCAAACCGGCUUCCGACGGAGGCGCCGGCACCCGCCGGGUCCGUUUCGCCAGCACACCCACCGAUUCCAGCGUCGACCUCCACCGCCGCCGCCUACGCACAAGACACUGCGGCGGCCUACUGGGUCACCGGCAAGUGGAGCGCCUGCUCCACCAGUUGUGGUCUGGGUGCCAUCUGGAGGACUUUGGCUUGCAGCACCGGCCCCGACUCUGACUGCGAUCCUGCCCAGAGGCCGGCUCCGGCCCAGAGGUGCUACCUGCGCCCCUGCUCCACAUGGAAGCUGGAGGAAUGGAGCAAGUGCUCCAGGAACUGCGGCAGCGGCCUCAAAUCACGAGAGGUCCAGUGUUUUGACCUGAGGGACCGCAGGCCGCUACGGCCUUUCCACUGCCGCGCCGUGUCCUCCAGGCCACAAACCCAGAUGGGCUGCAACGUUCGGCCGUGUCUGGAAUGGUACGCCUCCUCCUGGGGCCAGUGCUCCGAGGUGUGCGGGGGAGGUGAACAGCAGCGUCUGGUGACCUGUCCGGAGGAAGGGCAAUGCGACGUGGACCUUCAGCCCAGCACUAUCCAGUCAUGUAGCAGUCAGCCGUGUGCCCAGUGGCUCACUGGGUCGUGGGGCCAGUGUUCGGCGUCCUGCGGGGGCGGAGUUCGCCGUCGGCUCAUUAAAUGUGUGAACACAAAGGCCGAGAAGGACGAGGAUCUGGAUCGAGACCAAUGCGACCGCGAGCCGCAACCCGAGGGCGCCGAGAAGUGCAAUCUACACGAGUGCAACAGCGCCCCCUCUGGAGCCGCCUGCCUUCGUGACCGGCUGACGGUCCGUUUCUGUCAGAGUCUCCGCUGGCUCGGCCGCUGCCAGCUGGCCAACGUGCGGGCUCAGUGCUGCAGGACCUGCGGCCCGGUGGCGAGACGCGCCGCCCCCGGACGCCGGUGAGACCUGAGCCGCGGCGUUCCCGAGCCCAAACAAUCUGAGCCCUUCGCCGAUUUCCACGCCACUACAGACCAAACUCUGCAUGUCUCUGCUGGUGGUUUUAUUACCCAGGAUUGACAUUAAUUGAAAGAAUAAUACAGUGCCUCUCUUAGAUAAUGAGGAUGUAAAUAUUUUUUAUAUGAUACAGUUUGACCAGAAUGUAAUUUCAUUCAUUGUCUUUAUUACAAAUAUGUGGCUUCAUAAGGGCUUUUCUGUGACUGUAGCCGUCCCACUGAUGCGUCAUUGUACCCACCACAGGAACCUCUGUGGUGGGUACAAUGCUCUCCUUUCAUGGAGAGCAGCAUGAACUCAACAGAUAAAAGUAGACCAGUAAGAAGCCCUUUUUAAUAUGCAAUGUGUUUUUUUUUUGUUUUUUUGUAUAAUGUGGUACAAACGUUACGAAGCAAACAGGUGCAUAAAUGCUUGUGACUUGUAUAAAAAUUAGACCGUUUAACUAGGCCCGCCUCCUAACAGUUAUUGGUGCUACUACACCUGUCAAGCUUUUCUCCCCUCACAGAUCUGGUGUUCUGUCCUUUUUUUAAACAGUGCGUCCUGUUAUGGUGAAGUGGCACGUGUAAGCUCGGCUAAACUUAUACCAAUAUACAGCGCUUAAAUUCUAUCCAAUUCAGUAUCUCAACUACACCCAAACCUAUGUAAUAAAGAUAUGAGGAGAUUUUACUGUAGAUGGCUAUAGUUCUCCAGGGUUUGGAUAAGAGCAGAUCAACGCACUGUUUAAAUUCCUUACACCUUUUAUUCAGUUUACCACUUUGUAAGCAGUGGCCUUUUUUAAAUUUUACAUGUUGGUUAUUUACUGUGUGAAUAUGAAACAAAAAGGGAAGACCACAGAAGUGAUUACGGCAUCGGACCAAAGCCCCAUUCCAAGAACCACUUUCCUCAGACAAGGGAACAGAAGUGGAAAAAACGGACCUUGACAGGUCUGUGGUGCCUGGUUACGGUUGCUAAGCUGUAGUUUGUAGCUCACCGAAAACGUAACGUCACACUUUGGCUUCGACGCACAAAAUGUAUCUUAAGAGACAACGUAAAAUGUGAAUGGCGCUGGAGGCCAAACAUUUCGGGUAUCGGCAUGAACUGAGUCACUUAUCUACUUGAAUAUUGGAUCAUUUAUCGGUGUUUGUGAUAACCACUUCAUUGAAAUGUGCAUCAAAUUCAGCAAUUCAAAAUACAUGAUUGGGAAAUUAUUCAAAAGGGAGGGAGCUCCGUAAAUUAGUUUAAGUGUGGCCCAUUAAAAAAAAAUAGUUUUAUGUGUUUUUUUUACUUCUUGCAACUGUGUUUUUUUUUUUUGUAAAAGCAACUGAACUCUCCCAGACAUUUUGCUCCUGACAUCAUAUCCUCCAGUGUUUCCUCAUGUUGAUCUCAAGGUGACACAGGAGUAAGUGAUGCUUUAUUGUAAGGAGAAGAAUAAAUGCUUUCGUCACGUGCCAGGUAACCGGAGGAAGGCCUGUAGUUUAUAUACACCUUUGUUACCUGGAAGAGGGAAAGUUCAUCAUGUCCUGUAUCGGUAAGGCAUUUGUUAAACCUAAUCCGAUUUCACAUCUAGCAGAAAAUGUAUUAUCACACUUGCUUUUGUCAGGCAUCACUACACACAACAGUGUGUUGUUACAUCUCACACAGUUGGAAUAAUGUAGAUUCAUAAUUUGUUUUUCACAUGUAUUCACAAUAUAUAUUUCCCUGCCUUUUUAUAUAGAAUGUAGUCAUGUAAAAGGCUGUUCUUAUUGUUUGUAAAGCACUUUUUUUUAAAAGUUUACAGGUUGGUGCUGGGAACACAAAAUGACAGUAAUGUUCAUAUGCUUCCUUCAGUUUGAUGAAUCACAUCCGUUUGAAAUUCUCAGGAUUCAAUCAGGCCCCUCCCUCUUUGGUUAUUGUUAUUGUGUCUCUGCCGGUAAAGCCUUGGAUUCUAUCAGAGGACAAAGGAUGGGACAGUAGAGUCCAGCUAACGUCCUUCAUUCGCUUUCAAUUAACAAAGAAUAAAACCCAAUCGGACGAUGCUUUUGUGGAAACUUCUGGUCGGGAGAGGCACUGAGCAACAAUGGCGGCUCUUAAGAGACGUUUCCGUAGCAACGGGCGAGCAGAGAAUGGCACUGGAGGCUGUUUCCUUUUUGCUGUUGCGCUCAGAAGGGGUUUGAUUGACGGGUGGUUCAUGCGAGGACUUACCAAGUUUUUCUUUAAAGGGGCCAAUCUUUUUGCAAACAGUUUUCAAUGACAGUUUCUCAAAUGGCUUUGUGUGUCAAACCAUCUGGGGGGGGGGGGGGGGGUGCGGGGGUCAGGUUAGCCCCCCCGGGUCCCACUCAGACUCUGCAGUAGUUCAGAAUAUUUUUAUACUGUCGAACUUUCAUAAGAAUUUUCAUAUUACACAUUUUGCAAACAUAUUGCAGGGUUCAUGGAAGCCUUUAACUUUUUCCUCCUACCGAUUUUUUUUUAAUUUUUUUUUUAUUUUUUUGUUGCUUCUGGUCUUUUUAUUUUUUCGAGAUUGUACAUUUGAUGAUGAUGUCUAAUUCCAAGCACAAAAUCAAGACUCUCGCCAAACGGCAAUCAAAGCCAAUAAACACCGUUUCUUCAAAGCAAUCAGCUGGCUAAUUCCAAUCUCAGCCGUACAACAUUACAUGUUUUGUAUUGAUCACUCAUGUGCUGUUACAUUUGGACAACUGCAUCCUGUACUUUAAACUGCAAAAUAAAACUUUUUGGGGAAAAAAAUAAUGAAAUGUUAAUUCCAAAACCCCUUUUCAAAUGCAAUGUUCACAAGCAUCUAAUA